GAAUCCGUUUGCCGCUUGACUCCUAGUACGGUCCGUCUCCCUCCCGAGCACCGCACGCCAGAAGCCAGCCAUAGUAUCUUUUCGCCGAUGACUCCCCCGCGUCGCCAUCCCAAGGGCAGCUAUACCGUGGGCUGGGUGUGCGCCUUGCCAAAGGAGCAGACCGCCGCUCUGCUCAUGCUGGAUGAGAAACAUGCCGAUCUUCCAAAGCGGGAGAAUGAUCCCAACAUGUACAAUCUCGGAUCCGUUGGCCAGCACAACGUAGUCAUAGCUUGCCUGCCCAAGGGCACUGUAGGUAAUAACGCCUCGGCGACCACUGCGACCUGGCUGAUCUCCAGCUUCCCGUCCGUAAAAUUUGCUCUAAUGGUCGGCAUCGGCGCCGGCGUUCCACCACACGUUUGUCUCGGCGAUGUUGUCGUCAGCGUACCCGUGGGGGAGUAUUCCGGCGUGGUUCAAUGGGACUUCGGCAAGGCAAUGCAAGACAAAGUUUUCAAACCGACUGGGCACCUAGACUCUCCUCCAAACUUGCUAAGAACCGCUUUCGCCAAUAUGGAAAGUAAAAUUCCGAUAAAUGGCUCCAAGAUACGCAACCAUCUAGACAAGCUAAAGGAGUCGGUAAAGAAAGAAGCUAAGCAGUGGAACAACUUCGAUUCGCUCAAGAAUAUCUUAUACCGGGCAGAUUACUCGCUUCAGACUGCGAAGUCUACAGUUUAUCCAGGUCAUGCUCCUAUCCGGGUCCGGGUAUGGGAUACUCAUGACGGAGGGGAAGAGAGAGAAGAUAGGACGCCAGGAGAGAUGCUCAUACACCAAGGUCUAAUCGCGUCGGGAAACCAAGUUAUUAGGGAAGCAGAUUCCCGCGACGAGAUCAAUAAAAGACUCGACUACAAAGUCCUUUGCUUCGAGAUGGAAGCGGCCGGAGUACUAACAAGUUUCCCCUGCAUGGUCAUCCGGGGAAUUUGCGACUAUGCUGAUUCUCAUAAGAAUAAGGAUUGUCAGGAAUAUGCUUCCGCCGUAGCGGCUGCCGUUGCGAAGGAACUUCUGGAGUAUGUAGCGGCUAGUGAGGUUGACGAAGAACCUACAGCGACGGAGAUACUCCACCGAGACCGUUUAAACCCUAAUCUUCAGGCGCUACAACAUGCCCUGAUUGAGAUAAAAAUACUCUGUGCUCGACUUAACGACCGACUCUCAAAUAAGAGAGAACUGAUUAUCAAGUUGAAACUCGAGCUUAAAAAGACUUAUAAAGGGAGAAUUCAGGCUCGCGGCUAUAAAAAGGCAAAAAAAUGGAAUGAAAGGUAUAGCCGGCUGAAGAGAGAGCUUCGUACGGCUGAGAAGGAGGAAGACGCACUGUGGCGUCGACUGGACAAAGCCAAAGCCGCUAGACAAAAGCUACAGAGACGAUUAGAUAAGGCCAAACAGGCGGCCGGCGAUAUGAAUAACGGAUUUGUAGAGCGUUUACAAUCGACCGCGGUGCCCGGGGGCAGAGGCAAUCGUCUCACCAAGUCGAGAUUCGCGAGCUCCGACAAGCCCCGGAUUUAUAUCGUCCGUCCCAGGAAAACUGCACAGUUCGUCCCUGCUAGUGGAAUACACAGGCUUUGGAAGUGAUAGGCGAAGAUGACUCUGCACUGGAAUCUUGGGACGGCCUUUUCGGCUACUG